AUGCCGCUGAAGAAGAUGGUGCCUUUGAUUGACUUAACCAAACAUGAAUCGGUGGAAUCUCUGGGGGCUGGUGACCCUCAGGACCCGGAGCAACCGCCUCUGAUGCCUGAACCACCAAUGGCGGAACGACGCAGAAGUGUGCAGUUUACCAUUGAGGAACGAGAGGCAAUGACUAAGGAUGAAAACGGUCCCUGUUGCACCAAGUUCCGUAUAUGGCUCAUGCUCGUCAUCCUCUUGAUCGUUGGAACUGUGACAUUUUGGGUCGUUUGUGUCAAUGGAUCAUGCACGGAGGAAGAACACAAGCAAGAACACCAUCAUGAACUGGACUGCGGCUAUGAAUGGUGCUCGUAA